AUGGUGUCGGUGCCCGUGCAGCCGCCGCGCCAGGCUGCGGAGCUGUCCGAGGAGGACCAGCUCAAGUUCCAGGAGAUGGCCAUGCAGCUGCUAGACCGCACACUGCGCGACUUGGACGAGCACGACGUGGAGCCGCGCCCGCAUGAUAAGCAGGACCCACGGCUGUGGAAAAAGAUCCACCACAAGGACCACUUCACUACAUACACACGCUGCGACGACGCGCCCGAGGCCGCGUACGUUGCGGCGGACGGCGGACGCAGUACCACGUCGCGCCCGUCCAAGGACGUCGUACUGGGCAUGGGCUACGUACAAUGCCCACUCAGCGAGCUCAUGUACGGCGUCUUUAUGGGCGACAGCCAAGCUAUGGCUCUUAAAUCCGCUGUCGUGGACAAGAACAUCGGCAACGGCGCCGUGCUGAAGCAGCUCAUGGGUCCGACCGAGGAAGACCCGUUCCGGUUUCUCGCUCUUAAAUGGAUCGAGGUGCGUCCACCCCGAGGCGUCUCCGGUAAACUUGUGGCUCCUAGAGAAGUCAUGUUCCUAGGAGGCACCGGCACAAUGAGACGUCGUGAUACGGGCGAGUUCAUCGGCUACGAGGUGCACCACUCGAUCGACCACCCUGCAUUCCCGCCCGUCGACGGCCUUCGCCGUACACGCAUCGUCAUCGGCUCCAUCUAUCGUGAACGACCCAAUGGAACGGUCGACUUGUUCAUCAAGAGCUACAGCAUGGAGGCAGACAUGGGUAGCAUUCUGGGGCCACUGGCCAUGGCCCACGCCGCUAAAUGUAUCGAGCAGGUCUGGACCGUACCCGACUUUGCUUACGCUAAGAAACUGCGCUGGUGUAUCGACCACCGCAUACACAGCAACAGCGUCAAGGCCUUCCGCGCCAAGCUGGCCAAGCGCUGCGCGUCGUGCGAUAAGAGUGUGGCUAAUAAGAUCUGGCAGUCCAGGGCCGCGCACAGAGUUUGCAACCUGUGCAAGGCGCCGCUGUGCUCCAGCUGCCGCGUCAAGAAGGAUCUGUACGAGAUCGACCCGUACUUCCGGGCACGCAAGUUCCCGGUACGGAUCUGUCCUCCUUGUCGCGAGUUCGUCAAGCAACUCGACGCCAAGGAGGUGCAACGACAGGAAACAUUGCGUCCACAGCGCCCCGAGGUGCUCAACCCGCUCACACCCAGUACGUUGGAUGCUCUGGCGCGCAACUUCUCGCUUGACAACAGCUUCUGCACGGCGUCCGUCGAGAGCUUGUGUAUGCUGGACUCGCCCCUAGCACGCUCCGACAGUGCGAUGACCGACUUGCUGAAUUAA